CGUGUACGUGCUCGUUCGCGUUGGUCUGUCACGCGCGGUCAAGUGAUCCGUCUCGGAUACUGCGUCACUCGCGCACGGACUCGCUCUCGAUGCGUUUCUUUUCUGCCGAAAAGCUGAGGAUAGAUGUUUCGAUUUCAGUCCCCGGAUGAAGACUGUACAUUGGAAGAUGAAGAGGAAGGAGUAGUCGAGGAGGAGGAUGAAAUUGAUCAGCUUAAUGAUGACACAUUUGGAGCGGGAGCUAUUGAUGAUGACUGGCAAGAAGAGCACAAACGUCUCGCUGGACUCGAAGAGCAUGAUGUAUUGGGAUCUCUGGGAUUGGAGGAUAUGGGUUUGGGAGAAGAGUCAGCAGUUAAAGGUGCAAGGGGAUCUGCAUCCGCCUACAUAACUCCUGCAGCUGGCCAGGCCUCUCUCCCGCCGUCACUCACUUCAUUGAACUCGUCUUUAUCAGGAUUGUCUCGACCAGAUGUUGAAGAUCAAAGAAGGGAAGGCGACUUGGCUGAAUCUUUGGCCAGACUGGUCCUGGAGGCAGAUCCAGCGAUUGCUGGCGUUGGGGCUGCAGAGAGACCAGGGCUUUCACCCAAUUUCAGACCUACAGUGCUAACACAGCCCUCCCCUGUUCCUCAGCAUCGUUCUCUGCAGCAAUUGCCCCCUGGGCCUUCCUCUUCAAGCCUUGCUCAUGGCCCACCACCCUCCUCUUCACUGCUCACGUUCCAGCAGCAGCAGCAGCAGCAGCAGCAGCAGCAGCAGCACUUAUUGCGCCGAGGUCCUGCCGGUGUUGCCCAGAUGAACUCACACAGCAUAUGGGAGAACAGUAUGGGCUUUGGACCUGUUAGUGUAACCCCGGGCUUAGCUCCAACCAUUGAGGAUAGUCCAUUAAUGUCAAUAAUAAAAGAAGUGGGUCUUCCUAAACGGCCUCAACAUGGUAGGGGUGAUGAGUCCCUGGAUCUCUCUGAGAGGGUACCCCCUCCACGCUCAACAUCCCCUGUGAUUGGCUCUCCUCCUGUUAGGGCAAUGCCCAUAGGGACGCCUCCAAAACAACCAUUGACUCACAACCAAAAUCAUCAGAUUCAUCAUCCAACAGCGAUACAUGUGCGAGCUCCAGCCCAGCACAGAUAUCCUCCUCCUUUUUCCGAACGUCUGUCACCGAACGCAAUCCUCAAUAUGGCUAACACACCACGAUGCAGAGGUCUCUUCCCUCCUGUUGGUCCAGUUCUGUCACAACUUCACCGCACUCAGCUCCUCAGUUCUCAGGUGGCGGGUUUUCCCCGGGGUGGUCCAGUGCCUCAGUUGCUAUCUGGUGGUGGUGGUUUCAGACAGUUUUUCCCAGGCCCACAUGGUCCACAGGGUCACCGGAUGGGUCCGCCACUUCCUCAUGGGCCCCUUAACCCUCCGCUCCCUAUCCGUCAUAACACCACCCACCUCCACCCUCAACACCGGCGCAUGCUCACGCAACGCAUGCAAAGCAGAGGAGGGGACCGCAACAGGCUUGGAGGUGACAGGCGCAAUAGAGAUCCAUACUGUAACCUGAUGACUCAGAAAGAGAAGGAAUGGGUGACCAAGAUCCAGAUGAUGCAGCUACAGAGCACUGAUCCGUAUCUGGAUGACUACUACUAUCAGAAUUAUUAUGAAAAGAUGGAGAAACGUCCGGAGCGAGAGAGAGACAGCAGCAAGAAGGAGUACGCCACCAAACUUAUAACUCCGCAGGUUGCUAAGAUGGAGCACACUUAUCGACCAGUUCAAUUUGCCGGCUCUCUGGGGAAGCUAACAGUCUCCAGUGUGAACAAUCCACGCAAGAUGAUCGACGCUGUGGUGACUAGUCGCACCGACGAUGAGGAGAAAAGAGAGAAGCAGGUUUGGAAUAAACGGCGGCAGAUACUCCACACAGUAGAAAAGAUGUACAGUUUGCUGCUGGAGGUUCAGGACUUCGAGAAACGCUUUGUUCAUGCAGCUGAGGAGGACAGAGAGGCACUUCUGGAGCAGCACAAAACCAACACCAUGCAGCUGAUCACUUCCCUUCAGGAAAAGGAGUGGGAUGACAGGGUGAAUGAUGAACAGUGUGUGAUGAUCAUGUCUGUGAGGAAGGGAAAGCGUCUCAUUUCGAGACUCCUCCCCUUCCUGCCUGCCCCCCAGGCUGCCGCCGUUGUCAUGGCGAUUGCCCGCAAUCUCCCUGCCUUAGCUAAGAAGGACAAGCAAGAUCAGGUCCUGUGCUGGUUAGUGGAGCCUGUGUCCACGGUGAUCCAUUCUUUGUCUAGUUCGGCUCUCACCGAUCUCCUACAGGUGCUUCAGGGGAGUGAGGGUCAACUCUGUGCAGUCCUUCAUAACAAGUUUGGCGUGACACUGCUCUAUCUGAUCCUGAGUGAAGGGGAGAGAAUGCAAAGUUCGGACCCAAACUGUCAGCUUAUGGAUGACAAUCGAUGGACUGAGCUGGUGUUUUCUGUGACCAGAGAGCUACUCAGUGUUCCCUCCUCAUCUCUGUCAGACCCCCUCUUCGCACCUCCCAACCUUCUCUCCCUCUUCUCCCGAUAUGUUGAUCGACAGAGGUUGGAGUUGUUACAGGCCAAAUUACAGAUCUCGUCUCUGUCCAGGUAGAAGUUACUUCAGAUGUCAACUCAAGCUCCACCUGCUGGAUACUGACCUUUCUGAGUGUAGUUGUCUGUGUUUGUGUGCGCGCGAGUGUGUGUGUACACGUUCAUGAGGAUUAAAAACAUAAGAUCUUCAUUUUUAAGUAUCUUGUUUACAAUUAUACCUGUGAACUUUCAAAUUAAAAAUUAUUUCUAUUAAAUAA